AUGGGUUUGAUUCUCGGAAAGAUCAGUGUUGAAACCCCCAAAUACGAGCUCAUUCAAUCCACUUCCGACUACGAAAUCCGCAAAUACGAGCCAUCGGUGGUGGCUGAAGUCGCCUACGAUCCGACCCAGUUCAGAGGCAACAAAGACGGUGGCUUCACCGUAUUAGCAAAAUACAUCGGAGCCAUUGGUGAGCCACAGAACAUCAAGUCCGAGAAAGUGGCCAUGACGGCGCCGGUGAUCACCAAAUCGGAGAAGAUUUCGAUGACAGCUCCGGUGGUGACGGGGGGUGGCGGCAGCGAAGGGAAGCCGGUGACGAUGCAGUUUGUGCUACCUAGCAAGUACAAGAAAGCAGAGGAGGCUCCUAAACCGGCGGAUGAAAGGGUUGUGAUAAAGGAAGAAGGGGAGAGAAAACUAGCCGUAGUGAGAUUUAGCGGAAUUGCAACGGAGGGAGUGGUGGCGGAGAAGGUGGAGCAGCUAAAGAAAAGCUUGGAGAAAGAUGGACACAAGGUGAUUGGGGAUUAUGUAUUGGCAAGAUAUAACCCACCUUGGACAUUGCCUUCUUUGAGAACCAACGAAGUUAUGAUACCAGUAGAGUAGAGUGAAUUGAUUUGUUUUCUAGUGUUUUAAGACAUUCUGUGUUUGACAUAUUGAUGUAUUACUAUCAUUUAAGGGGCUCUGUUUCUUUCUUCUAAGUAAUACUUUCAUUUGUUGAGAUCAA